CGAGAGCUAAACUUAGCGCGAUGCACGAGGCGCGACCGGCGACGGCGAUCAUCUAUGCGAGCCAGAGCGGCGAUCCGGCGCAAAUGGCCCUCGAGCGUAGCGUCGUGCACAUGAUCAUCGAGCGCGAGACGUGCCUCGAGGCCCUCUUGCAAGUGACGCCCCACUUCCACGACCCGCACAGCAAGGUGCGCCCGUGGAAGGUCAUCGGUAACCUCACGCUGCAGUACCGGCGCGCAUCGAUGGACGUCGUCGAGGGCAUUGGGCAGUGGCGCGCGCUCUUGGGCGCACCACGGCAGGCCUUUCUGUGGAAGCACUCCAACUACUUGAGCAAGAUGGUCGACGACACGGCGAGUUUUGCUAGCGUCCCAGAUAUGUUUCGCGACUGCCACGGCGACCUCACUCUCAACCCGUUCUUGUCGCCGUUUGCACUCACCGACAGCCUCUUUGAUCUCGACGAACCUGCGAUGCUCGCCAAGGCGCGGCUCGCGGGCAGCGAAAUCGGCGGGAUCGACAUGGACCGGAUAUGCCGCGCGUCCAAAGUGCUCUUGGCCGAAGGCGUCUUGCAGCAGCGUACAAAGGCCGCGACGCCGGCAAAGACAGUACCCCAGAGCACCCCUCGGACGCCAAAAGGGCAAGUGACACCGACGCCGCCGGUGGAAUCGCAUGACCUCGCGCCUCACGACAAGCUCAUGCUCAUGAAGGUGCAUCUUGACCACGGUCGCGCCAAGCUCCGUGCGCUCGAAGACGACCGAGCGAGCAUAUCGGAGCGCAUGGCCGAGAUCACGGCCAAGCUCGAGGCGACGACACUCCCGAGCAAAGUGCGCAUGCUCCAAAACAACCUCGGCGCGCUCAACAAUAGUCUCCGAGCAGUCUCGGGCGAGAUCUUCCAGCGGCGCAACGAGCUCACGCGCCAAGAAGCGACGUACCGGCUCCAAGCGAGCAAGGCCAAGCGACCGCGGCCGCAGAUUCGAGACGAGCUCCACGAGGUCGUUGCGCAAGACCAAAAAAUGCGGGACGAGCUCGUCGCAGCUCUCGCGCGCCGUGAGCCCGAGCCAGCGGUGCCGGCGCUCGACGCGAUGAACGAAGCGCAAGUCUUUGCGUUUGUAAAAGACCUCGGCCUCGACGCGUGCGCCGAGAAGCUCAAGGCAAUGGGCAUUGACGGACCGCUCCUUGCCGUCAGCACGGACCAGGACCUCCAAGAACUUGGCAUCGAGGUCCGGCUCCAUCGCGUCAAGAUUUUGCGUGAAGUCGAAAAGCGACUCAAGGACGGGCAGUAGUCUGUCCAACCUGUCCCUAGGAAACGUAUGUUUGGAUAGGACCCUACCCGCCUACUUGACCUAGCCCUUGCAUCUCCGAAACUGUCAACUAUACUGUAGUAUCUUGCAUUUGGACACGAG